AACGCAGCCAUGGCAGACGCACCAAAAUGCCCAGUAGACCACGGAUCGCUGCCGCAGCCGGUGAACAGCGCAGAAUGUCCAGUAGAUCAUAGCGCUCGAUCAUCGUGGACCUCCUUCUUCUCCUUUAACAAACCGUCGUCCUCUAAACCAGCACCGGCACCGGAGCCGGGCCCGUCUUCGCUCUCCAAUUCUCGAGAGGUGUCCUCCAUCCCGAAUGCGAAGGGCGAGAACUGGGUGUACCCCUCUGAAGCGCAGUUUUUUGCGGCGAUGGCAAGGAAGAACCACAACCCGCACGAAUCUGAUAUGCGCACCAUCGUGCCGAUACACAACGCCGUCAACGAACGCGCGUGGCAGGAGAUACUGAAGUGGGAGCAGGGAAAGGGCGGGGAGGCCUGUGGCGGGAUCAAACUGGUCAGUUUCAAGGGACGGCCUGGCGACCUCAGCCCCAAGGCUCGGUGGAAAUCCAUCCUCGGCUAUACGAAACCAUUCGACCGCCACGACUGGCUUGUGGAUCGGUGCGGCGUCCGAACGCGAUAUAUCAUCGACUUCUACACCGGUCGGUCCCUCGGCCCUGCUCAGGCCCCGUCGUUCUAUCUAGACGUUCGCCCCGCUCUCGAUAACUGGGAAGGCGUGAAGAUGCGCAUAGGUGCCGCUUUGGAGAGCUGGUUCGGUCCAACUUUACAGACCCCGUCGUCUCCGCCUCGACAGACCAGACCUUCCUCGUAUAGACGAAAUGCCUCCGAUGCAGUAGACAGAACCAACGGACUUCGCCUGGUCCUUCCAAGUUUCUGCACAACAACGCCCGCGAUCGACGAUCGGAGGGUAACGUCAACCCCGGAGCCUUUGCUGGACGCCGGACGACAAUCUGAAGCGAGCCCUUGAGCCGCGGCUACUCUGUAGCGCGCGCUGGCAACGGCUUUAACGUGUCGUUUGCUCAACCGACGGCGGCCGAUCUCGCAGAGCUCCCGCAAUUGUUCUUGCAAUUUCCCAGAUCGGUGGUCCGCUCAUCGCGGCGGCGGCGUUGGCGCCUUUUCGUCCAUGUCUCAGUACGUAUACGAUCGACUUUAUGGUCGACCGACGAACGGUUCGUGUCUUUUGGGUUCGUGUCUUUUGGGUUCGUGUCUUUUGGGUUCGUGUCUCCGGCUUCUCAGACUCAUGCCAAGCUUUAUGGGGUUGCGAUGGUAUAUCCGCCGCACAUUCUGACGGUUGCUUUCGGGCGCGACUCGGGGACUCAACGCUAGUCCCCGUGCUUCUUUGAAGAAUACAGCAGAGAGGCCCUCAUCCUUCCUUUGACGGAUCGAGUCGAAGUUUGCCGCUCGUUCCCUGUCGAGCGGGAGUUUAAACGGUUCAGCUGCUCACCUGCGUCAGCGGAAUCUGGCUUCCACCGUCGCCCUUUUCCAAGAACAUAAAUAACCGUCUCUUGCAUCGGGUGCCGCUAUCUACGCACCUCACCUGUCGUAGACUGAACGCGUCUCGAUUGUAGUGCCAGCCAUCAAAAUUUCUAUCACAACCUGUAACCCCAAUGACCAUCCCCAUCUCCAUCACCUCAGGAUUUCCUACCACGCAGGCUGAGUGGCAAGCCGCGCUUGAUGCGCUCCCCGCCAACCCGCACAAGAUCCCCGCCUUCUUCUUCGCCCACGGCUCGCCCUUGCUUGCCGUGCAGCUCGACCAGUCCCAGUUCGCGGAUCGCGGCGGCAGUGAUUCCGCGAUCGAGGAGGUGGGGCCCUCGGGCCCCCUUGCAAAGUUCCUGCGGGACUUCGGCUCCACGCUGCUAAGCAAGUAUAACCCCAAGGCGAUCGUCGUGUUCAGCGCGCACUGGGAGACGGCAGGCGAGCGCGUGGUGACUGACUAUGGGGACGAAAACCCGUUGCUGUACGACUUUGACGGUUUUCAUCCGGAGCUCUUCGAGCUUCAGUUCAAGUCCCGCGGUGACGCCGCCCUCGCACAGCGCAUCGUCGAGCUGUAUAAGGAGGGCAGUCAACUGGCGCGCAAGACAACCAAGAAGGAGCCCCGUGGUCACGACGGUCGCGGCUUUAUGGGCCCUGGCCUCGACCAUGGAGUCUUCAUUCCCUUUCGAAUCAUGUUUGGUGAUGCGCUUCCGGACGACCUGCCUAUCGUUGAGGUCUCUAUCGACGCGAGCCUCUCUCCGGAGAAGAACUGGGCCGUCGGCAAGGCGAUACGCCAGCUCAGGGAGGAGGGCGUGCUCAUCCUCUCCGGCGGUCUGACAGUGCACAAUCUGCAAGAUAUCGACUGCUUCUCGCCCAGCACGGCGUCCUCGGCCGUCAAGGCCUUCAACAACACCGUCACUGUCGCAAUGGCCACCCCCAACCCUACAGAGCGCAAGCGGGCGCUGCUCGACCUGCCAAAGCACCCAGGCUUCCGCGCGACCCACCCGCGCGAGGAGCACUUCGUCCCUCUGUACGUCGCCGCCGGCGCGGGCGACGAGGAUGGCCGCGAGGAGGCGCGAGUCCUUUCCGCGAUCUACGGCGCGCAUACGGUUGCGUUCGGCGUCUGAGAUCCGAGCCCGCCACUCCUAUCGCGUUGGUUAUCGCCUGCCAGAACCUGCUCCGUCGG